AUGGGGUCGAAGUGGUUUGUAGCUGUGCUGCUUCUAGUGGUUCUCAUCUACCAACUGACCGCUGCGGCCCCCCAGAGUUCCCUGGCUGCUGAACCGAACAGACGCAUUAACAAUGGCGUCGAAGCGGGACCGACGGAUGUUCCGUUCAUUGUCGGUGUGCUGGUUACGUUCGCUUCCCGAACCUAUUUCUGUGGCGGAACACUCAUAUCCCUCCAGCACAUUCUUUCCUCGGCCAACUGUGUCGAUGGCUACCGAACAAUCACCGUGAUGCUCGGAGCAUACGAUAUGACGUUGGUACAGGACUUUAUCACCGUUUCGUCGGUUCUGGUUCACCCGAACCAUAGCAGCUUCUUCGAUUCAAACGAUCUUUCCAUACUGACGCUUUCUCGCGCAGCCCGCCUGAGCGAUAGAGUGCAGAUUGUCAGCCUUCCUACGCGUCUGUACGUCGGCCAUUCCUUCAACAACUACGAGGCUACCAUCUCUGGCUGGGGUCAGACGGGUUCGAGUACCGGUGAGCCUGUCCCCGUUCGGCGGUUGCUGUAUUUCCGCGCCCGGGUCAUCACCAACACCAGCUGCUUGGUGAGCUUUCCGCUGUACCUACGCUCGAGUAACAUAUGCACAUCGACGGAUACGGGUGCAGCCUGUGUAGGCGAUGAGGGAGGUCCGGUAACGGUGACAGAAAACGGUCAAACCUUCCUGAUUGGUGUGCAUUCGUAUAGCUUCUCGAGAGGUUGCGAGCGUGGUUGGCCCUCCGUGCACACGCGUAUUACCGAUUACCUAGACUGGAUCGAAAGCAACUCCGAUGCCGUUGUGGCGUAG